UGUAAUUUAUUUUGUAUUUUUGCCCAGAUUGGGCUUUUUGUUUUUCACUUGUCAGGUGUCAUUCUGCACCGUUGCUGACUUGAGAGGCAGUUAUAAGCGUCAUUGCUGUGGACGGGGAAGUGGAAGCUGAUGGUUUUGCUUCACCAUGGAAGCUUGGAAAUUGAAAGGCAAAGCCGCAGAGGACUCGAAGCAACGCAGGCUUAACAAUUCUCCCGUCCAGCGCUCAGGUGAUGGUACUACCACCGAUCGCGAAGAAGAUUUGGCUACAACGGUAUACGAUCCAUUCCAAAUAGGAAAUAUUAACGGGAUUAAAGGAAAUGCUCUUCACGACCGGGGCCUGUGGAGAGCUUUACAGUCGAAGUACAAGCCAGAUCGGCUGAUGGCUGGUACACCAUUAUGUACUGUAUUUGUGGGAAGAUUGAAUCCCUCCACUACGGAGACAACGCUACAGACCGUAUUCUCGGAGUUCGGCAAAGUGAAAUCCUUGCGCUUGAUACGAAAUUAUGUGACGGGGCUGUCGCAGCGCUAUGCGUUCAUUGAGUACUAUAAAGAGUGUGAUGCACAAAACGCUGUGCGGAAUGCGAGGCGGAUGAGCUUGGAAGGACAGAAAAUUCUAGUCGACAUGGAAUGUGAACGUGUGCUUUCAGGGUGGAAACCGAGACGUUUAGGAGGUGGAUUUGGGGGUAAAAAAGAAUCUGGGCAGCUGAGGUUUGGUUGUCGAGAUAAACCUUGGAGAAAACAGUCUCGUGGCUGGCAAAAACCAUCCUGAAGGCGCUGAUAAGUGGCAGGUGGUGAUGACAAAGCGAAAUCCUAGUCAUACCAUGAAAACGGCACAGUUCUUGCUCAAGAAGGCACGGAAAAUAUUGGACCUGCUGUUGGACCAGCUAUUGUAGAAACACAACCUGCAUACGGUAUAGUUGUUUAUAUUCCGCCGGUUUCGCGCCAUUGGACUUAUCCUGGGCCCCUGCCAUUGCCCGGAAUUAGCUGGCCCAUAAUCGGAUCUGCAGGAAUUGGUUACCAAGCUGAAGGUCGCUUUCCCUACACUGGUUAUGUUGGAAACAGGGCACCCUUUUUAAAAAAUGUCCUGGGAAUUCCGACACCGUCACCGCAGACCCAAUCACCUCUUGAUAUGCAACAUCUUGAUGGAGAAACGGGAAGGUUUUUUUGAAAAGAAGUUAGUAUUCUGUUUGCACACUUCUAUUGCAAAUGAGCACUGACCGUGGCAUUGUUUUCAAAUACUCAGACUGAUAAGUAAUUCCGAGUAUACGGUGCGUAGCCGUGCGUUGUGGCUUGACUCUUAAGCACUAUCUGGGCGCAGUGUUUGUUAACAAAAGACUUAAUGGAUAUGACCACGAAUUUUGAUCCUUUUAUUACAGAUACCUCGGCAAAAAAAGUAUAAAGCUUCGCAGUAAAAAAUUACACAAUUUCAAACUUCAAAACAAAUUUGUACACUCGGGAUUAGUUCUCACUUUCACUGGGUUAGAAGACAAUUUCAAAUCACACAUGACCGUUAAAUUAAUAACACUAAGGCACUACGCUUUGG